CAGCCGCUGCAGCGGCUCAGGCCUCUGUGAUUACAGCUCCCUUCCUGCCGCCACAGCUGGCCGGGAGGAGGGGGAAGAGUCAGCUGGGGCUAGGGCUGGUGCAGCAGGCGCCGGGCCCGGAGCCCGGAGUCCGGAGUCGGGAGUCUAGAGCUGCGCAGCCUGCCCACUUCCCUGUGUCCCGCUGGGUCUCACGGGGGGACCGGCUGCCCCCAGCACCAAGCACCACCCAAGGGGCCAUCCCAGACAUCCAGGGACCAGGAACCAGGAACCAUGUUAUGUUGGAUCCUCGAGGCCAGUUGGAGGUGGCCAGGGCCAUGAGCCUUGGGGAAGCAGCGCGGUGGCCAUAGCCAAGCAGGGGGUGAGGAGAGACAUGUGGGCACAGGCCUGUCGGGGUCAGCACACUGCUCCCCCGUCCCUUAGCAAUGGCUGCGAUCCCCUCCACCUACAGACUCCUCUGCUGGGUCUUUGUCCUCACCCUCACCCUGGACCAUACACACUCCGGUGCCCGUGCCUUCCAGUCUCAAGAGGAAUUCCUGUCCAGCCUCAAGAGCUAUGAAAUCGCCUUCCCUACGCGAGUGGACCCCAAUGGAGUGCUGUUGGCCUUUGCACCCCCAGCUCCUGCUGGGAGGAAGCGGCACCGCAGAGGCAGGUCAAGGACCCCACCCCCAGAGCCCAGGCUCUUCUACAAGGUGGCUGCCCCCAGCACCCAUUUCCUGCUCAACCUGACCCGCACCCGGCGCCUGCUGGCCGAGCACUUCUCUGUGGAAUACUGGACAAGGGAUGGCCCUGCCUGGCAGCGCCCAGCCCGGCCCAACUGCCUGUAUGCCGGCCACCUUCAGGGUCAGCCCCUCAGCUCCAGAGUGGCUAUCAGUAACUGCAAUGGGCUGCAUGGCUUAAUUGUGGCUGAUGAAGAGGAGUACCUCAUUGAGCCCCUGAGUGGUGGAGGCCCUGGGGGCCGAGGAAUCGAGGAAAGCAGCCCCCACGUGGUGUACAAACGCUCUUCUCUGCAGUACCCACACCUGGAUGCUGCUUGUGGAGUGCUAGACGAGAAGCCAUGGAAGGGUCGGCCGUGGUGGCUGCGUACCUUGAAGCCACCCCCCGCUAGGCCCCGGGGCAAUGAAACCGAGCGGGGACAGCUGGCCCUGAAGCGCUCAGUCAGCAGAGAACGAUAUGUGGAAACUCUGGUAGUGGCAGACAAGAUGAUGGUGGGCUACCAUGGGCGCCGCGACAUUGAGCAGUAUGUGCUUGCCGUCAUGAAUAUUGUUGCCAAACUUUUCCAGGACUCCAGUCUGGGGAAUAUUGUUAACAUUAUGGUGACCCGGCUCAUUCUGCUCACUGAAGACCAGCCCACACUGGAGAUCACUCACCAUGCAGGGAAGUCACUAGACAGCUUUUGCAAGUGGCAGAAGUCAAUUGUGAACCGGAGUGGCCACGGAAAUGCUCUCCCGGAGAAUGGCGUGGCCAACCAUGACACGGCUGUGCUAAUCACCCGCUAUGACAUCUGCAUCUACAAGAAUAAGCCCUGUGGCACUUUAGGUCUGGCCCCUGUGGGUGGGAUGUGUGAGCGGGAGCGGAGCUGUAGUAUCAAUGAAGACAUCGGCCUGGCCACUGCCUUCACCAUUGCUCAUGAGAUCGGCCACACGUUUGGCAUGAACCACGACGGGGUUGGAAACACGUGUGGUUCCCAGGGCCAGGACACAGCCAAGCUCAUGGCUGCCCAUGUCACCAUGAAGACGAAUCCUUUUGUCUGGUCAUCCUGCAGCCGCGAUUACAUCACCAGCUUUCUGGACUCUGGCCUGGGCCUGUGCCUGAACAAUGCCCCGCCCAGGCAGGACUUCGUGUACCCCACGGUGGCACCGGGCCAGGCCUAUGAUGCAGAUGAACAGUGUCGCUUCCAGUAUGGAAUCAAAUCCCGCCAGUGUAAAUACGGGGAGGUCUGUAGUGAACUCUGGUGCCUGAGCAAAAGCAACCGGUGCAUCACCAACAGCAUCCCAGCCGCCGAGGGCACGCUGUGCCAGAGCAGCACCAUUGACAAGGGGUGGUGCUACAAGCGGGUGUGUGUCCCCUUUGGGUCACGGCCAGAGGGCGUGGAUGGAGCCUGGGGCCCCUGGACCUCAUGGGGUGAAUGCAGCCGCACCUGCGGGGGUGGUGUCUCCUCUUCCAGCCGGCAGUGUGAUAGCCCCAGGCCAACCAUUGGAGGCAAAUAUUGCCUAGGGGAGCGGCGUCGCUAUCGGUCCUGCAACACAGAUGACUGUCCCCCAGGCUCCCAGGACUUCAGGGAGGUACAGUGCUCGGAAUUUGACAGCGUCCCUUUCCGGGGGAAAUAUUAUACCUGGAAGACAUACCGGGGAGGGGGUGUGAAGUCCUGUUCCCUCACCUGCUUGGCAGAAGGUUUCAACUUCUACACAGAGCGGGCAGCAGCUGUGGUGGAUGGGACGCCAUGCCGACCGGACACCGUGGACAUCUGUGUCAACGGAGAGUGCAAGCAUGUAGGCUGCGACCGAGUCCUGGGUUCAGACCUUCGGGAGGAUAAGUGUCGGGUGUGUGGGGGUGAUGGAAGCUCCUGUGAGACCAUCGAAGGUGUAUUUUCUGGGGCCAUCCCCAAGGGCGAGUAUGAAGAGAUCAUUUGGAUUCCCAAGGGCUCUGUCCAUAUUUCUAUUCAGGAUUCGAAUCCCUCGCUCAGCCACCUUGCUCUAAAAGGGGAAGAUGAUGCCUUUCUCCUGGAUGGGCUGCCCAAGACCCCCCAGCCCCACCGCUUGCCCCUGGCUGGGACCAUCUUCCAGCUACACCAUGGGCCAGACCAACCCCAGAUUCUGGAGGCCUUGGGUCCAACCAACAUCACCAUCAUUGUCAUGGUCCUGGCCCGAUCGGAGCUCCAGGGAAUCCGAUACCGCUUCAAUGCGCCAAUCUCUCAUGAGGCCCUGCCCCCAUAUGCCUGGCACUAUACACCCUGGACCAAGUGCUCGGCGCUGUGUGCAGGCGGCAGCCAGGUACAGGCUGCAGAGUGUCGGAAGCAGCUGGACAGCUCCACUGUGGCCCCUCACCACUGCAGCCCCCACAGCAAACUGCCCAAGAGGCAGCGGGCAUGCAACACGGAACCCUGCCCCCCAGACUGGGCUGUGGGGAACUGGUCGAGCUGUAGCCGGAGCUGUAAUUCAGGGGUGAGGAGCCGAUCUGUGGUGUGUCAGCGCCGGGUUUCUGCAGAUGAAGAAAAGGCUCUAGAUGACAGCGCCUGCACCCAGCCCCGGCCCCACGUGCUGGAGCCUUGCAAUAGCCCAGCCUGCCCACCAGAGUGGGUGACUCUUGACUGGUCCGAGUGUACCCCCAACUGUGGGCCUGGCUUCCGACACCGAGUCGUCCUGUGUAAAAGUGGAGACCACAGUGCUACGCUGCCCUCUAGCCAGUGUCCAGCGGCUACCAAGCCUCCCACCAGCAUGAGGUGCAACCUCCGCCGGUGUCCCCCACCCCGUUGGGUGACUGGCGAGUGGGGAGAGUGCUCAGCGCAGUGUGGCUUCGGGCAGCAGCUGAGGUCCGUGAAGUGCACCACACACACAGGCCAGCCAUCCUGGGAGUGUCCUGAGGCCCUUCAGCCUCCAGCCAUGCAGCAAUGUGAGAGCAAAUGCCAGAGCAUCCCCGCAGGGGACAGCCCUGAAGAGUGCAGGGACGUGAACAAGGUCGCCUACUGCCCCCUUGUGUUCAAGUUCCAGUUUUGCAGUCGUGCCUAUUUCCGCCAGAUGUGCUGUAAAACCUGCCAGGGUCGAUAGGGGUGGGGGGGACAACCGCUGGAGACAUGUGAAGCUGAAGCCUGGAGGCUGGGGAGGGGAGAUGGGAUGGGGAAGGGGGAGAAGGAGGGGAAGGUUGGUAGUUUGAAUUCAUUAUUUAUUGGGCAUCACCACAGGACCUGACCCUUGCCCUAUGCCCCAGGUAGAGGAAUGUGUCCCAGCUGAGGCCUUCUAGGCUCCCCCAGCCUUAAGGGAUUGGUGGAAGGGAUGGGAGCAGCUGAUGGGAGCAUGGCCCAGAGAUCCGACAGGGCCAGGGGUGGGGGCCUGCGGCCACAGAGCACAGCCCUGCUACUGGGCUCCCCACUGAGAUUUGACCUGAAUUUGUACUGUGAAGAACUGGGAAGGGGGCUGGGGAGUUCCUGUUCCCACCCUCUUUGCCACCCUUGGUGCUAUGGGGUGCCCAGUGCCAGUGCCCCCGGGUCCUCCCUUCUUACCUUAAACCCUGAGUGCUUGAAAAGGACCUCUCUCUCUUCCCUGCUGCUCCCCUUCUGAGAGCACACAUUGGUCUGAAAAUGGAAGAGGGACUGUCCCCCACCCAGUCCUUGGUCCCCACCCUCCUAUACUCCCAGCACAAGAAGGGUUCUCUCCCGGGUCAGGGCUGCCCCACACGGUGCUAUAAUCCACCCCUUGUCCCAACCCUGGGGCAUGGGGACUGGGCAGGGAGCAAUGGCCAGGGAAUGUCUGGGAUUCCAGGCAUAGCUCAGCCCUGGCCCCUCAGUGUCUCCCCACAAGCAGGCCCCAGGUCAAUAAAACUAUCUUGUGUCUA